UGAUCCCCAUAGAACUUCUCUGUGAGAAGGGGUUUGCUGUUAGCUAAGUACACUCUAAUCAGACAGGAAGCUUUUGUGUUCUGGCUGAUAGCCGGGGCAGAUGCGGCUCAGGGGAAAAGCUAAUGAAAGGACUCACCCUCGGUUUUCAGCGAGUCUUGGUGGUUGCCAUGUAGCAGAGGUUAGGGAGGGGAGUGCCACAUGCUGGAACUGAGGUCUCUGGGACCUGAAAUAGAAGUGUCAGAAUUCCCAGAGCUUCCAUGGCAUCCUGGAAGUUGGAGAACGGGUAUAUUUGGCUCUAAAUGCCUGCUUGUUCUUCACGCUAAGGGCUCAGCUGCUCGCUCAUCCCUCAUUCUGUCUUCUAGUUCUUCGAGCCUUUUCUCCUUCAGCAGUCUGGCAAUGCAGGUCCCAUGUUUUCCAGCAGGAGAUAGAAACCCAGUCCCUGCCAUCUCUCUCUAGAAGCCUGUGAUAGAGAAGCUUCAGGCUUGUAUUCAUGGUGCCCCAGGGCCUUGGGGCUUUGAUUUUUAUUUCCUUGUCGUCUGCACUCAUGGCCUAGAAAGAGAGAUGUUAGAGUUCGCCGGACUUGGACAGGUGGUGGUGAACUCUUAUGGGCGUCCAGAGAGGGCCACGCCCCUCGCUGACAGGCCUGUCAGUGGGGCUACUGUUGCUCCUUGCUGGGCCACCCUUGCCAGCCAACCUCUCUCUCAGGUACAGCGCCUUCUCCUGUGGCCCACUUGCCUCUUGUGCUAUGGAUGACUCCUGGGAACUGGAACUGAUGGGGAUGGGUGGAAGGGUGCCUGAUCUUCUGGUAGGGGCUGAUCUCUUUUACUGUCCAGAAGGCAUGGAGUGGGCUGUGGAAAGACCCCUCCUGCUUGUCUCCAGCCCCCCACCUUUCUCUUCAGCUGUGGUCCACCAACCUCAAUUGUGCCAGACCAUCCGGGAUGCCGAUGGCCACCACUACCCUGGUUUCCUUUGCCCUGUCUCUGAUUCUCCAGAGGAAGCCUACUGCUGCCACCUGAAGGCUACAGGGGGCUCCUGCUACACCCCGGCUGAAUUUGAGGCCCUGUACCAAGUCAACUUGUCUGCUCUUCCGCCCCCCGUCCCCCAUCCUCAGGGGCCCGGGCCCGCUCCUAGUGCGAGGCGUCUAUACCCUGCUGCUUGUGACCCUGAUGACCGCAGACCUCGUGCACUUCUGCUGCGGUCGGGGCCGGGGUCGGGGCUGGAACUACCGCAGGCCUCCCUCUGGGUCCUCCGCCGCGAACUCCCCGCAGGUCACCGCGGGGACAGCUUAGGGGAUCGCGGAGCCUGCUUGCACCUGCCACCCGGGGCCGAGCGCUCUUCCCCUGCCCGGGCGCGCGCUCCCCUUAGCCCCGCCCCUCUCUGACCCCGCCUCC